AUGGAGUCCCGGGGGUGCGAUAGCGAAGUCGUGCGGAGGAGGAUGAGCCGGAUCGCCGAUCACGUUGCCGGAUGCCGGGAGGACGUCGCGCAGCCUCACCGCCAGCUCCUCCCUGUGGUGAGUUCCCCAGCCUUCUUUUCCUGGUUUAAUCUCUUCUUCUGCGGAUCGUCCUCCACGUCGGCAGUCUAGUUCAACUGGAUGGUCUCUCUUUCGAGGAUUUUCUGCGAGAUGUCUCCUCCGUUCCAUAAUUGUAUCCGACUUCUCUGGUGUGCCAUCACCUCUUGGUCGUCGGGAGAUCAGAAGGACACAGCGUAGGUUUUAGAUUUUUUGUUCCACUUCAAGGUAAUCCGUAGAAACACAGCCUUCCUCAGCGUGAGAGUGAGAUGGAAAAGACUGUUUGCGUGCUCGCAUGGGAUUCCAGUCCUUCCAUCUAAUCAAGCUCGCUCGCAUUCAUAUUUUACUACCUUCUUGUUUUCGAUUUCCUCUUCUCUGCUCUUCUAAAUGCUUGAUGGGGUUGUGUAAUGUGUCAGAACUGUUCUAGCACUCUGAACGCCGUGACGCCGAGGCGCGACAGCAGGACGCUCUUUGCACGCCAAGGCUCCGCAUCGCAAGCGUGUUUCAUGCGCCAAGUUUCCGUCGCGCAGGUGAAAGGCAGUCUAAUUUCCCCUGAUUUCCGUGCCAAAGCUCGUUGUAAUUGCAAUCGGCUUACGGUCCUCUCGCUCUGAUUACAUUGUCUAGGGUUUGAGAGCUGGUGGGUGUGCUCAGCAGAGUUCGCCCAUCAAUUGUUUGCCCCCGGGAAAUGGAGAUUACUCUUCUCAGCAUUCUGGAGGACCCUUGUUUGCUAGACCUUCUCAGCGAGUCUCCACUCCACCACUAUUAAAAAUUCAUCAACCAACGGCACAAGAAAACACGGAGGCUUCAACAGAGCAACCCAGGUUUGCCCGGCCAGGCAGUGGAGAGAGUGAGAAAGAGCAGCUCCUGUGCAACAGAGCAGUGGAGAGAUCUAGCCCUGGCAGUAUGCCAUUCUCAGAUCCCUUCGUCCGUAUUACUUAUUUAUAAAAUUCAGCUAAUUUUCUGUUUAAGUAGAUUUUUUAUUUCGCUAUCGAAAUUCAUGAGUAUAAACUGAUGAACCGCAUAAUAAAUUUGAGUACAAAGCAAAAUGAGAGUAAAAUAACAAAUGGUUUCCCAUGCAUCUAGUCUCAGAUUCAGUAAAUAUUAGGUUAACAUGCAUAUUACAAACAUUUUUAAUGAUAUAUUUCUUAAUUUUGAUGGGUUAAGAACUUUAAUUAAUAUCUCCAGUCAGUUUUUUUUUUCCUUCCAUGAUUGCUUGAUUAGGAAUCAAAUGCAGGUAUAGAAUUGCCACCGAGAAUGGAUGUUGCAGAAACCGGAGUAUAUCAUGUUCUCACAUUAGAACUCCCUGGUGCGAAUAUAGUUGAUAUAAAAGUGGAGGUUGAUGAUAAAAAGUAUGGUCACAUUCCUUCAUAAAUUCCUUGCAUUGAAGAAUGAUUCCUCCCCAGGAAACAAAUUGCUCACUGGACGAGCCCAAUUUCUCUUUGUGCCAGCUUGACUGUGACGGGUAAGCGCUCUUCUCCAAGGUGGAGGAUGGAAGCUCCUUCAGAAGAUGCCAGCAUUACGUACCACCAGAAGCAGAUAUUACAGGGCCCAUACUCAGUAGUCUGGCCGCUCCCAAGUGAUGUUAACAGGGAUUCUGUCUCUGCUGAACUUCUGUAAGCAUAUCUCUACUCCCAAUUCGUCUCAUCCUAUGUUUUUUUUCUUUAUCAUUUCUUCUUAACCGAGGUUCUGCUCUCCUGAUGAACCCUAAAUCCCUUUCGCAUGUUAAAUCUUUUUUAUUAUUAUUAUUAUUAUUAAAAGCCUUGAGGAUUACAUCAUUUAAUUCUAAUCAUGAAGAUUUACUCAUUGAUCUUCUUUUCUCAUUCGAGGGCAGUUCACGUUUAGAAACUAUAAUCGUAUAGAAUUAAAUCUUCAUGAUUAAAUGCAUAGAAUCGGCCAAUCUGAAAGAAAAGUGGCGACACCCUCAGGAUUGAAUGCUCUCCUAUUCUCUUUUUCUCUCUACCGUGGAUCUUUAAUCAAAGCUCAGUCAUUCUGAUGAUCUCAGCCCCCUCUGGGUAGUUGAAUCACUUCAUCUGUUUAGGCAGUAGGGCGGUGGAAAUGAUCUUCCUUUACUAGCUGCAGCUCGUUCAUGUUGACUGUUUAUAAUAAUUUCUUCCUUCCUGCAUAUAUAUAGAGUCGGUCAGUCAAUAAUAAAAGUAUUCAUGCCCUAUGAUCGGAACGUUUUAUUAUCAUACAUAAAUGUAUGCAUUUCUCCUCGUCAUGCCCUUCUAGGGAGUCAAAUUAUAUGCAUCCAUCUUUGGUCGAAACCUUGAUGGUUUACCUCAUUUACUUUGUAUGAAAUUAAAUUACGGCUAUGAAGGUUCAUAUGAUCGAAUCCACCAUCAAAUUUUUUUUAGUUAUUAAAAAACUCCAUUAAAUCUUGGUAAUAUGCAGGAACGGGUUCCUUCGGAUAAUUCUCCCCAAGGUCUGCAAGAGGGUCUGAAGCCCAUGCCGACAAGUGAGCUCAGAAAGCUCUUGAAACCCCAUGAAAUUCUUCAGAUGGCCGAAUAA